GGCGCUGAUAAAACAUUUGAAGGUUAUCGAAUAUUAUCAACUGUCUCCAAAUUAACGGACGUCUUCGUAAUAGUUUAAUUAUUAAAUAAAAACAGAUAAAAACAAAAACACUUGACACGUUUAUCAUGUCAGUAAAGAGGAAAGUAUUAAUGAUAUGUUUAGGAAAUAUCUGCCGCUCGCCUUUGGCUGAAGCGGUAUUCUUAGACUUCAUACGGAGAAAGAAACUCCAUGAUUUAUGGGAAGUUGAAAGCGCGGCACUUAUCGGUUAUCACACAGGUAAAAAUCCUGAUCAUCGAGCAAUUGCUACGCUAAAGAAACACGGCAUAACAGAUUAUGUUCAUAAAGCAAGACCGAUCAAUCAAUCAGAUUACGAUAAAUUUGAUUGGAUAUUUGGAAUGGACGAAGAUAAUAUAAGGGAACUGGAACGACUUAGGCCGGCAAAUAGUCGCGCUGUGAUUGAACUUCUUGGUAAAUACGAUCCGGAGGAAGAACUGAUCAUCAGAGAUCCAUACUAUGACAGUGAUUCGGAAGGAUUUGAAAAAGCUUAUAUACAAUGCGUCAGAUCGGUAGCAGCAUUUUUAGAAAAACACAAAUGAAAGGUAACAUUGCAUAGAUGUGUUAUUUUAAACAUUGCUUGCAACAAAUCAAACCAGCAAAUUUAAAAACUGAAAAGAAAUUGCUAGGAAAUAAUCGAUUGUUGUAAAUUAAGACGGAGGAAUAAAUACACAUUGAGUCUUAGAAAAUGGAAUAAUGCAGGUUUAUUUAAUUCAGAGAAAUUAAAAUGAUACACUGAUAAAUAAUAAUAAUAAUAACAAUCGUCAUCAUAAUAAGAAUAUUAAUAACGUUAAAAAAAUAAAGUAUGAAAAGUACGGAAUCGUUGGUCCCAAUUUUUUUAAGUUCUACAAAUCUAGUUUUCAAGUUUGGUUUCACGUUCGAACCUAGCGACAUGCGUAGUAAUAAUUAUUAUAAAAAAAUCAGGUUGCAAACUUUCACUGGUUCAAAUUGCUGUAAAUACUUAUAAACCGUUUAUUAUACCGUUGAGAUGAAAUAUUUUUCAUCUCCUAUUGUUUUACCAGGCCCAUUUAUUUCACCCGGUGACCAGCGACAUAAACCUCAACGAUGUUGCGAUCAUCACCUGAGUGAAUCAGCCUCUCGAGCCUGUUCUCUAAGGUGUAUUCAAUUAAAUUGUCAAGUGGCCCGUUCGAUCCGUUCAAGUCAAUAACGAGAGCAUCAAACUGUUUUCCAGUAGCUCCCCCUAAUGUUGCUAGGUGAAAAACAUCCUUGUAGUUCAGUGGCGUGUAACCAGGUGUGAGGAUAGAUAAGUGAUAUGAAACUUGAAGUGCGGCUCGCAUUACAUUCAGCAUGCAAGAACUAUCUCCGCCGGAAAUAUCUGCAUCAAUAAUGAUACACAAUUGAACAAGUACUUAUUUAUCAUUCCCAUUUCCUACUGGAUUUAGUCCUUCGAAUUCACUCCAUUGAAAAUGGAAAGAAAUGGUUUGCACGGAAUACAACCUACCGGUUCCCAGUCCGAUUUUGAGUCCCCGAUCCUUCAAACGCUGCACAUCGCAUAGACCGCUUCUCAAACAAGUAUUUGAAGAUGGACAAUGAAUUACGGCAGAUCCUCGGCUUUUGAGGAGCGCAAGCUCGCUAUCCCCAAGGUGAAUUCCAUGAGCCAAUACAGUCUGUGAAUCAAUAAACGAAAUGUCAUCAUUUUUAA